AUCAAAAAUCAAUCAGUUCGAGUUUUUAAAUUGAACGUUCAAACUUCUUCUCAGCAAUGAGUUUGAUGUUUGCUCUUUUCCUUGGCAUACUUUGCUCACAAAAAGAACUAUACGCUCAACAAAUUACUGGUGGAUUAAUUGUCGAUUCUGGACUACAAAAGGCUUGUGCACAGGCUGGAGGCGUCUUCAGACCGAGGACCGAUGCUCAGUCAGUGACCGGAGACAUUUGUGAGAUGUCAUUCUCCGUGGUCACCAGCGAUGAAGCCGACGCGACGAACUUCUGUGAGCUCUACGCGCCCUGGAGACUUCGAAGUGUUCGGAUUGAGAAGGACGUAGCAGGCUUUACAAGAACUGUCUGUGUAGUUGAAGCCACAUUCACCUGCGGUGCUGGAUGGAUUCAGAUGUUCGGACACUGCUUCCGACGUCUCGACAAGUUCUCUCGCCACAAUCAGACAGAGGCCAAGAACAUCUGUGCCAACCUAGAUGGUCAUAAGGGAAGCAUUGCAUACCUUCAUCAUAGAUAUAUUGUUGGCGUUUGGAAAAACUUCUUCAAAGGAAUCAGUCAAAUCUGGGUGGACGGCUCCGAGACCUGGGACCAAUAUAUCGUGAAGACAGGAUCAGUUGAUGGUCGAGCUCUCGCCCUUGCCUUCACCGGAGACACCUUUGACUUCUCAGUGAUGCCGAACUCGCUGAUCAGCAUCGAUCCGAACCUGAAGCUCGAGGUGUUGUGCCAGUACAAACCUGAUUUGACGCCGGCGGAGGUGAACUAUCUUGGACGGAGAUAUUCGGAGAUAUACUAUCCAGGAGUUCAUGUGAGUGAUGGAGUGCUCAUCCGAUCGGCUUCUCACUAUACCAGGAGUAAGACGAAUCUGGAGGUUUGCAAGAAAGUUCUAAAGUCGUUUUAUAUCACCGAGAUCGAGCCAUUCAUGCCAACCCAAGAGGUUAUGGAGCUACUCACCAAUAAUCGCCCGAAAAGCUCGCACUUCACUAGAUCUGGCGGAGAGUACCCAUUCAACUUGUAUCGGGACUUGAUUCGGCCCAAAGAGUGCUUCGGAGGUGCACAUACAUACGAAAUUCCCUAUGCAAAUGGUUCCUCAAAACCAUUCGAACUGCCACUGAGAGAAAUAAUCGAAUGUGACAACAUGAAUUCAGUUGCGAUCACUCAUUUUGCAAAGGGAGCAGCUUUUGUGCCAAUGUCUGACUCGCAGACGGCGCCCGUGUGGUGCAAGUUUGGGAAGAGGAUGAACUACAAGAUCAUCGCUCCCGAAGGAUGGACACCGUACGUGCGAUCGAAUGGGGAGGUUGUUGCUCACAAGAUUUUUAUGGAAGCAGCAUCGUAUGAUCAAGCUCUGCAUUGGUGCCGCAAUGAGAACGCAAAACUCGGAGGAUUCAAUGAUCGGAAAGAGUUUGAAGCUAUUGCAGCACUGAUUACUGUCCACCAAACGAACCGAUACUACCGACUCGGAGCCCAUCAACGUGACGAGUGUGACGGUGUAUCUGGUUAUACCGGCAUUGAAGGCGGUACAUGUUAUCGUGAUCGAAUCUUCGGAUGGAUUGACAACGUGGCGAGUGAAAACAUUGACGAAAGUCUUUGGGGAGAUGACGAGCCGGACGGAGGAAGGAGAAGAUCAGCACUCGGUUGUUGGGGGUCCAAUUGCGUUCAGAAUACUCUUGUUUUCAGUCAUUUUGUGAACAGCCAUACUGACGGUAUUCCACGUAUUACUGAUUCAUUCCAUGACGACAGGCUGCCAUAUGUUUGCACGAUGGAUGUCACGAUGAUUCCGAUCCUUUAAAUGUUUUUUGUCGUGAAAAGAGAGUACGAAUAAAAAUUUUUGUAAUUA